AUGGCGGACAACAAGCAGAGGGCGGUUGUACUGAAGGAUAAGGGAAAUGCUUUUCUGAAGGCAGAGAACUAUUCUGACGCUAUAGAAUGUUAUAGCCAAGGUAUAAAAUUGGAUGAGUCCAAUCAUAUCUUGUACAGUAACAGGUCUGCAGCCUACUGUAAUGUAGGAAAGUAUGUGGAUGCCCUCAAAGAUGCAGAGAAAGUUGUCAGUUUGAAGCCAGAUUGGCCAAAGGGUUAUUCCCGUCAAGGCACUGCUCUGCAAUACUUGAAAAGGUAUGAAGAAGCCAAGUUGGUGUACGAUGAGGGUCUAAAACUUGAUCCAGGAAAUAAACAGAUGAUGGACGGAGUGAAGGAGUCUGAGUCUAAAUUGACUGGUCCAGCUGGCAGUUCAGAGUUUGACAACCCAUUUAAAGAUCCACAAUUGAUUGAAAAGCUGGAGAACCACCCAAAAACUUCAGAAUGGAUGAAAGAACCUGACUAUCGCUCACUGAUAGAAGCCCUCAAGGCAAAUCCUACAGAUACAGGAAAACUUGGUGAUCCUAGGAUUCUGGAAACCCUGGGCGCUCUUCUGGGAUUUGAAGUUUCGGAAAAUGGAGAUGACAGUGGUUUGUCCAAUGGAACUGCGUCAAGUCAAACAAAGAAGACCGCCUCCAAGGCAUCGCAAGUGAAAAAGGAUGGCCCCACAAAACCUACUGAAGGAACUGCCGAAAGUUCACCAAAGCCGAAGGCCCCAGCGGCUGAAAAUGCACAGGCACUUGAAGAGAAAGAAAAGGGUAAUGCUGCCUACAGGGCCAAGGAGUUUGACCAAGCUCUUGAUCACUAUGGGAAAGCUAUUGAGCUGGAUCCUACCAAUGUAGCAUUCUAUACUAAUAAAGCAGCUGUGUAUUUUGAGAAGCAUGAAUAUGACGAGUGUGUCAAAGUGUGUGAAAAGGCAAUUGAGGUCGGCAGGGAAAAUAGGGCCGACUACAAAGUGAUAGCUAAGGCAUUUGCAAGAAUGGGAAAUGCAUACAACAAGCAGAAGAAUUAUCAGGAGGCACUGAAGUAUUUUAACAAAUCUUUAUCAGAAUACCGAGAUCCGGAUAUCAAUAAAAAAGUGACUGAGAUCAAGAAGAUUGUGAAAGAACAGGAGCGAGUGGCCUAUCUCGAUCCAGAAAAAGCAGAGGAAGCAAAGCAGAAGGGCAACGAUUUCUUCAAGCAAGGCAAUUACCCAGAAUCAAUGAAGCACUAUGAUGAGGCUAUCAAGAGGAACCCAAACGACCAUAAAUUGUACAGCAAUCGGGCGGCAUGUUUGACAAAACUGCUCGAUUUCAGGAGAGCUCUUGAGGAUAGUGAGAAAUGCAUUCAAUUAGACCCUACUUUUGUAAAAGGUUAUCUGAGAAAAGGAACAAGUUUACAAGGAAUGGGGCAAUACAUAAAAGCUAUAUCUGCUUUUGAGGAGGCAAAGAAGUUAGACCCAAAUGUUUCAGAGGAAGCCUUCGCUGGCAUUAGUAAAUGCAGAGAACUCCAUCGGAGUCAACCAAGAGACCAAAAAGUGUCAGAACAAGGCUUAAAUGAUCCAGAGAUCCAGGAAAUCCUCAGCGAUCCUGGCAUGCAGUUCAUCCUUCAACAGAUGCAGCAAAACCCUAUGUCUGUUCGGGACCACUUGAAAAAUCCAGAUAUCAGUGCCAAGUUCCAAAAGCUCGUUGAUGCUGGUUUUGUGGAUAUACGUCACAAAUGAGAAGCUCUCGAAUUCAUUUGGACUAUGGUAUCCUCUGGAUCUGUAACUUCUGAAUAUUUCCAUUCACGAAACAUUCUGCAUCAAAUGUGCUGUAUAAAGAGGUGCCUGUCUCCAAAAAGAAACUGUCAGAUUUAUUCAAAGCAAGGAUUACCGAAUUCUAGGCCUACUGGUCACUUGAUUGUCAGGGAACUGAAUGAGUUCACAAAGGUUCGGAACAGUAUAAACUAAUGUGAUUCAUAAUUAUUGGCAGGUUGUGUUCUAAAGGAUGUAUUUGAAUUCUCUCCGAAGGAGUAAAAACCAAUGGGACGAAAUUGACGACUUGUAUUCACAGACUACAGCUUGCUUCCAAUUUUUAGCUUCAUCACUAUCCAAGAGAAGUUGUAGUUGUAUGUUUUAUUAUUCACAAUCCUCAAAAUUAUGUAAAUGAAUACUUGCAUCUGAUCAUAGCGCAUGGGUCUCCAGAGAGCCCUGGGGUCUGCAGAAUUUGUGGUCAAGAUGUUCAGGUUCCAGAGGCUCAAGUAGAAUGGAUGUGCUUGAAAUGCUUUAAUAAAUAAAUGUAAUACUGUCACUUAGCAAGUAAUAUGAACUUGUUUUGUGUAUUUGGAUACCUCUGAGCACACUGAUCUAUACUAUAUAAUACACUCAGGUUUGUGGCCAACUGAAUACUUUACAUGAACUUGGCAGUGCCAUUGUCCAAUGCAUUAUUUCAGGCUUGAAAAAGGGUUUCAUACUUUCAGUCUCUCGGCACUCUCAUUUCUUUCAACUGCAAUAGUUUGGCCCUCCUAAUCUUAAAUUUAUCUGUCCGAUAUUCUGUAUUAUAUACUGGUACUAUUGUCAAAGGAAUUGUACAAGUACAUGGGCUGCAUCUGAAUGAGCUUGCCAAUAAAUCAGUUGUAUACA